AUGAAACAAGUAGGAUCAAAGGAAGGGCAUUUAACCGCAGUUACAGCAAUUGACAGCUUGUGUUGCAAGUCAGCUUUGCUUCUGUCCAUUGCGUGCUGUAUCGCACUUAUUCACGUAGAACUUCGAAUACAAGAACAUGAUCGCCUAUUUCCACACUCAGUGACUCGCUCUGGUCAAAUGAAAACAGAAAUCUUUCGAGUUCAACAGAAAAAUAGAAGAUGGAGAAUAACCGAAAGCGGCCAUUUAGAUUUAGGACAGAAGACGAAAGGUGGGUAUUGAGAAAACCUAGAACGACGAUAGGUGGCCUCUUCCCAAGAAAACAGUGAAUCGUUUUAGGCCUAACGAUAAGCGCUAUUAAAUAUCCUCUUUUCAUUGUUAAAGGUCAAGAAAAAAAGAGGAGACAAACAUCAGAGAUAAAAUGGUUUUAGCGAAUUGUACUCUCCGUUCAGAUAGGCUCUUCUCGCCCACUCAGGCAGCCAACCAAAACAGAGAAUUAGUUUAGUCUUUCCCUGUCGCGGAAUCUGCCAUAGUGACUAAAAAAUAUUUUAUUGGCAUUUUCUUUACUGUUUGUUCCUGAAGUUUGUUUAAUAAGCACGGUAUGUGUUCUAAUUUCUCUCAAAAGGUCAGGAAAGUUCGUCACGACAAAGACGCGCUUCAUCCGAUGACUCACAACCGAAACCGGUCAAAACAGCUUCUGAUGUAAAACUGCUCAUUGAAAAAGAACUUCGUCUGCUGCAGAAUCAAAUCUGUGCCAAAGAUGAAAAACUCUGUCUUCCAGGACCAAAGGGUAACACUGGAAGACGGGGAAGACGAGGACCCCAAGGUAUACCGGGUCCCCGAGGGAGAACCGGACCACCAGGAUCUCCUGGUAAACAUGGACCAGUAGGACCAAAGGGACCAAUUGGCAAAAACGGGGUUCGCGGAAUGCAAGGUCCGCCAGGACCCCCCGGCCCCAGAGGCCCGCCUGGUGUGAAAGGCGCACCGGGACAAUCUAUCUCAACUCCCUCCCUGUUACAGCGUCCUGUUGAAACGACAGUCAAUGAAAGCCAGACAGCCAUCUUGAAAUGUACAGCGGUUGGAAAUCCUCCUCCCAAAGUCACAUGGUUUAAGGUGAAUUCAUCACUUCCCGUCGGGCGUCACGUGGUAGAGUCCAGUGGUGCUCUGAUUCUUCAGGAUGUUAGGCCUGGAGACGAGGGCCAAUACACCUGCAAAGCUGAAAAUUUGCUGGGAACCAUCAACGCCAGCACGCGGCUAACGGUGCAGUGUAAGUUGCAUUUCAUUCUUCAAGAUUUCAAGAUGUUUUUCUAUCUCUCCCUAAUACAUUUUCUGACAUGUUGUAGAAGUAUUCUCACGGAAACCUACAGAUGGUCCCUUCUUGCCGUUCUUCAGUUACUUUGUCUGACUCUCAUUAUAAGAUGCACAACUCUCUAAGACGAUCGGUUAGCAAUGGUCGCAGCGACGUGAUGCAGUAUUUUGUUUACAAAAUAAACGUGUUUUCUACUUCUUGCCAGCUCCACCCUUUAUUAAAUUGUCAUCAAAUUACCUGAUUAACUAGUUCGAAACUGUAAAGCAACGUAAACAAAAAACGUAUAAAGAAAAACUAUAGUAUAAAGUUAUGUCGAUGAAUUUGAUUCACUAGUCAUGACCUUUUUAAAGAAACCAAUGAACUCGAUCCGGAGAAGUCUUAAUCGUGAGCAAUCAAGUUACUUUAGUCUUGAGGUUCACUGUAAUGGGAGUAAGUGUUUUCCUAAAAUAGACCAUUUUCCUUAGGAUCUGUUGUGUACGACUAGUAAACUACAAGAAAAACUAGCCAUUUAGGAAGUCUAGUUUUGGAUGAUGUUCACGUUCGCUUACUGAUAGAGUUGACCAUUGAAUAUGGGUCAAGUUUAAAGUAAAUAAAGAGAGCCGGUGUAUGUGACGGUUAUGGAAAGGUGCCGUGCAUUAGAGGAGGUUUAACUGUAGUGGUUAAAUAUUCCACGAUAUUAAAACAGUGGAGAGUGUUUUGUCACCAGAAUAAAAGCGAUUUAUUCAUUUCUUGCCAGUUGGUCCCCAGAUAUUAUUGUCAUCAAAUCGCCUGAUGGCUGAGCACAACCAAAACGUCACUAUUGACUGCACUGCCACUGGUCAGCCGAAACCCAAGAUCACGUGGUCCAAGUUAAGAGGAACUUUGCCAAAAGAAAGAAAUAAAGUGAUGAACAACCCUCUGACGAUCUAUCAAGUAACGAGAAAUGACGGUGGAAUAUACACGUGUAAAGCGCAUAAUAUCCUGGGAUCAGCGGCAGAUAUGGUUCAGUUGAUGGUUUUUUCGCCUCUCCAGUUCAAAGUUCGACCACCUCAAGAACUGACUCCUAUCGUUGGCUCAACUGUUCGCCUACCUUGUGUGGCGGAGAGUGACCUGAGACUUACCGUGAAUUGGACAAAGGAUGGAUCCAUACUUCCUGUUGGUUCAAAGAUUCUUCAAGACAACACUCUAGUUCUUGACAGCAUCAAAAAAUCAGACCAAGGUUCUUACAAGUGCAGAGCGAGUAAUUCUUUGACAACAAUAGAAACCAAAGUAAAAAUCAGUUCUCCUGUUAGUGUUGCGUCCUGUUCUGAGAUCAGAAAAAACGUCAGCAGUGUAAGCGGAAAUUACGUCAUUGAUCCAGAUGGCGAGGGGGGUCUGGCACCAUUCACUGUUUAUUGUGAUAUGACAGCUAAAAAUGGAGUUGGCGUGACAGUCAUCAGUCACGACAGUGAAAGCAGAACAUACGUGAAAGGAUAUGAGGCUAAGGGAAGUUACUCGCGUGACAUUCGUUACACAGGAGCAAGUCUUUCUCAGCUGGCAAGUCUCACCAGAGUGUCCUCGAAUUGUGAACAGUUUAUCAAGUAUGAAUGUACAGGUUCCUCUCUCCUUGAAAAUGGCGCCUUUUAUGGCUGGUGGGUGUCACGUGAUUCCGCUAAGAUGACGUACUGGGGAGGAGCAUCUGGCAAUGCUAAGUGCGCAUGCGGGAUGACUAACUCAUGUGCACACGCCAGUUAUGGCUGUAACUGUGAUAACGAAUCCUAUAGAUGGCAGGAGGACAGCGGUCUGCUCACUGACAAGACGACGCUUCCUGUAAAACAACUCAGGUUUGGGGAUACUGGUAGCAAAGGAGAACAAGGUUACCACACGCUCGGAAAACUAAAGUGCUUUGGAACCGCAUAAAUAUAUGCUAGUUCUUGUGACUCCAAACCCGACAAGUAAAAAAAAAAUAUGUGUAACCUUAAAAGUUCAUAAAGAAACCUGAAGAGAGACUGACAGUCAUCCUUGUUUUACAUGUACAGUAAGUACAAUAGUCAACGUUCGAUAUAUUAAAACUCUAACAUGCCUCCGAGGCUUUAGGGUCGAAAUUGCGAAUUUUUUACGACUCCAUUGUCUCGCAAUUGCCAGAAGAGACUUGAGGACAAAGAAAACCUAACCAAAUGUACAAAAAUCACCAGAAAGCCUCGAAGUCAUGUUAGAAUUUUAAUAUAUCGAACGUGAGCUAUUAAAACCCGGUCGAACAUCCGUAGGCUAGCUCUUCUCGCUUUUUUACUGAUGUUUAUUGUAAACAACCUGUCACGCUUCAACAUAUUCAUCAAACUCUAAAUUCUUUUCACGAGAAUUAACACCAACCGAAAAUAGAGACAUGGCACUAAUAACUGUCUUUUUCCCCUUGUACUAAAGUAUCGAUAUGAUUGUUUUAACCUGUUUUCGAAAGUCUUGCAGGUCGUGUAGGAGAGUAAUAAGCAAUAGUUUAAUAAAUGUUUUUUAUGUAUUCUGAAAAAUCCUGUCACUGUUAUCCACGGCUGCUACUACCGGGGCUGAGCGCAUGUGUGAGUUUCUGACUAUUAUUGUGUGAAUGCUUUCUUGGAAAGAUAUAUUAUUACUCUUGUUUGUUAUUCACAUAGAGGUAUCAAGCCAAUCAAAACAAGAACGCUCACAGCCUAGACCGAAUGACCAUUUAUCUACCUUAAAAAAAAAAACCAAAAGAUUUGGAGGUCCCAUGCAUAAAGAUAAAAGGUGUUAAAGUUGGCCUGUUUAAUCUCCACUUUUAAUGUGCAAUUUAUAAAGUUUAAAUACUUUUGCAUUAAAAGCGAUCCAAAAUUUCAGUGUGUGUUGGUUAAGCGACUUGUGGCGUGAAAAUAGACAGAAGAGAAGCUUAUUAAAACCUUUGAAUGCAGAGGUCCACUCAACACGUAAAUAAAACCGACUGGUUCUUUCUUGUCGGAUCUCUAAUCUAGAGAUGCUAAUGCCAGAGGUCACUUGAAGUAAGAAUUAAAAAAAAAAUGAAUGCAAGGCUGGAAAUACGACAAAGGGGUGAUUUAUUUGAGGCCAAUAUUUCGGCUAACAAAAUUAGCCUUCUUCAGGGCCACAGCUUGUUAUAUUUUGUAUUUUUAAGAUCCUUUGAGGUCGAAAACAUAACUUUUUCAAAUCAGGUAUAGGCCUUCCGUCAUUCCUCAAUGCAAAAGUCUUCAUACUCAAGCAUCGUUACGCCACGCGCACCACGUGACCCUGCAGGAAUAUGGGAGCGCGGAGGAAUGAGGUCUAAGAGAUUUACCAACAGUGGGUAAAUGCAAGACAAAACUAAACAAAAUGAGCGGAAGGUAAUGGGCACGUGAGCUUUAGGAGUUGUAAAGCCGCGUCUGUCACGUCUGUAACCUACUUUUUUUAAUAUCUUCCGCAGGAAAGACAAGCAAACAGACAGACAAGCUUUCAAGUAUAUGUGUUGUAGGUUAUAUCCGUUCUUAGGUUAAAUCACAAUUUUUGUCUCCUUUGAAUAAUUAAGGCCUAGAAACAAAAAGAAAAUACUGUCGAAAAUUCGGUUGAAUCCUUGUCAAAAAUGAGAACGGAGUUUACCUACAACAUAAGCCUGUGGUUAGUUUCUUUACAUCAUCAAGUGACGAAACAAAGCAAAUCCUGAACUUCCUACUGUGCAAUAAUCUUCCCAUGAUAGUGUGAAACGUGACCUUGGACUUGGAGUUAGCUUAAACUACAGAGGUCCUCUUUUUCCUUCUUUCAAUUCUAUGCAGUACACGGAGAAUUUUACAAUCUGACUGAGCAAAUCUUAGUUUGCCGCUCUGAGUUUAACGCUUAGAGGUCAUGAAGCUGGUCUGUUUCAUUCUCUUUGAGUAAUUAUUUCCUGUGGUCUGGAGCGCGAUGUCCUACUGUUCCUCCGUUCGCAAUUCCUUUUGUACUAACUUGAUAGUCUAUGCGACUGUACUGGUAGUGCAUUUUUUUGUUACAAGUGCCUAAAGCAAGACUGCAGUUUCGGAAUUAAAAGAUACCUUGUCUAAGGGACGGACCAUUUGAAAACUUAUGGGGGGGGGGGGGCGGGCAAAGUACAAAAAAAAAUUUCGCGCAAGAGAAAAUUAAAUUUAAAAAAUAUUCAUGCUAUGGCCUAAAAAAAAUUCAUACCAGGAAUUUGAUGACGAAAAAAAAUUCCUGCCCCUCGAAAAUCCCCCCCAUAACUUUUCUAAUGGUCCGUCCCUAAGGUCACGUUUAUUUUUGUUCAGCCUGUCAACACUAUUUCAAACCGGAUAUUUUCUUUAGCGCGUUCAGCCAACAACAAAAGGUUUUCUGUUUUGGAAAGCUAAUAGCCAAUCAGAAAAUACGUACCAUAUUCGCAAAAAGUAGGUGACGUCAGUGGACAACGCUCGGAAUUCAGUCGUCUCUCUACCCCCGCACCCCCCUCCCCACGGAUUACGAGGUGGAGACGUGUGACAUUUCAGACUAUCGCCGGCCUCUCUUUAACUUGUCAUAUCAUAAUGUCACUCAUAUUUGUUAGAGAUAUAAGUGAAUCAUUUGUUAGCCGGAGUAUCAGGCGUUUCUGGGGGAAAAGGGCUAAAAUGAAAGCGAAAAAGGGAGAGGGCUGACGUAGAGAAACGCCCUUCCUUUCUCUUCUCCCCCUCCCCCAUCCCCCAUCUAAUCUAUCCCCCAUCUCUGAUACUCAGGCUAAUCAUAUGAUUAGAAAAGCCGUAUGUCACGGGCCUGGUUAUUUAAUUUCUCGAGUUUCACAAAAGACCUUUCCUUCACUGAUUUCAAGGGCCAUUAACUUACUUGGUCUUUCUGAAAACGUAGGCCCAAAAAGACAGUUUAAUCAUGAGACAACGGAAUGUAGAAGAGAAGCAUAAGACUGGAAGUAAAAUAUUUGAGAGCUUGAGUUGCAAGUCAGGCUUGCUGCUGUCUAUUGCGUGCUGCAUCGCACUUAUUCACGUAGAACUCCGAAUACAAGAACAUCAUCAACUGAUUUCACACUCAGUGGCACUUUGUGGUCAGAUGGAAACACAAAUCCUUAGAGUUCAACAGAAAAAUGGAAGAUGGAAAAUCACCGAAAGCGGCCCUUCAGAUUUGGGGCAAGAAGCGGAAGGUGAGUACAAAGAAUUUUAAAAGCGGAAAUAGCUAAGCUCUUUGCCAAGACCAAGGCCUCUUAUCCCUCCUUAUGCAAAUAUCACUGGUUAAUAAAACACUGAUAAUAGUCACACGUAAAUCGAGAAACUGAUCACCGAAGGAAAAUAAAAGAGCCUUGGAUUUGAAAAAAAAAAUGUUUAUUGUUGGUACUAUAAAAAGGCAAAAUUCGUUGUUCAAAACUUAAGUUUAAGGAGAUGACCAUUUAAAUAACGUUUACUGUUUACCUUGAGCGAUUUCUUUACGAUAUAUUAUUUAUGUUCUACAAUCUUUGAUAAAUGGCUUUUAUUUUUGAGGUCAAAAAACCAAAUCAAGAGAAAGACGUGCUUCACCCAGUGACUCACAAGCGAAACCGGUAAAAACAGCCUCUGAUGUAAAACAGCUGAUCAAAGAAGAACUUCGUUUGCUACAAAAUCAAAUUUGUACCAAAGAUGAAAAGCUUUGUCGACCAGGACCAAAAGGUAACACAGGAAGGCGGGGGAGACGAGGACCCCAAGGUAUACCAGGUCCCCGAGGGAGAACCGGACCAGCAGGACCUCCCGGUAAACAUGGACCAGUAGGACCACAAGGACCAAUUGGCAAGGACGGAGUUCGCGGAAUGCAGGGUCCCGCGGGACCCCCCGGUCCCAGAGGUCCGCCGGGUAAGAAAGGCGCACCGGGACAAUCUAUCUCGGCUCCCUCCCUGUUACAACAGCCUGUUGAAACGACAGUCAAUGAAAGUCAGACAGCCAUCUUGAAAUGUACAGCGGUUGGCAAUCCUCCUCCCAAGGUCACAUGGUCUAAGGUGAAUUCAUCACUUCCUGUCGGUCGUCACGUGGUAGAGUCCAGUGGCGCUCUGAUUAUUCAGGAUGUUAGAGCUGGGGACGAAGGCCAGUACACCUGCAAAGCCGAAAAUUUGCUGGGAAGCAUCAACGCAACAGCGAAGCUAACAGUGCAGUGUAAGUUCCAACUUUUUAAUCUAAGGCUUUAAGCAAUGAUGUUCACUUCUCCGUAACACAUUAUCUAUUUCUUCUCAGUUCCUCCCACUAUUGUACUGUCAUCACAUCGCCUGAUGGUUGAAGAGAAACAAAACGUCACUAUCGCCUGCACUGCUACUGGUCAGCCGAAACCCAAAAUCACGUGGUCCAAGUCAGUUAACAAACUGCCCAAAGACAGAAACAAAGUGGUGAAUGGAGCCCUCACAAUCUAUCAUGCAGUAAAAGAGGACGGUGGAACAUACAUUUGCAAAGCAGACAAUAUUCUUAGUUCAGCCACAGAUACGGCUCAACUCAUAGUUUUCUCGCCCUUACGGUUUAAAGUCAAACCUCCUAAAGAAGUGACCCCUGCAAUUGGAUACCCUGUCCAUCUACCUUGUAUGGCCGAGAGUGACCUGAGACCUGUAAUUUCUUGGUCAAAGGAUGGCUCUACACUUCCUGUUGGUUCGAGAGUUCUUAAAAAUAACACUCUCGUACUAAACAACAUCAAAAAAUCACACAGAGGAUCUUAUACCUGCAGAGCAACUACUGCCCUCAAAACGAUAGAAACAGAAGUUAAAAUCAAUUCUCCAGUGAGGGCUACUUCCUGUUCUGUUAUUAAAAAGAACGUCGGCAGUGUAAGCGGAAAUUACGUCAUUGAUCCAGAUGGCGAAGGAGGUCUGGCACCAUUUCCUGUUUAUUGUGAUAUGACAACUAAACAUGGAAUUGGCGUGACAGUCAUAAGUCACGACAGUGAAAGCAGAACAUCAGUGAAAGGAUAUGAAUCUCCGGGUACUUAUUUACGAGACGUACGUUACGCAAAAGUGAGCCUCUCUCAGCUGGCAAGUCUCACCAGAGUCUCAUCGCAUUGUGAACAGUUUAUCAAGUACGAGUGUUGCGGUUCACUUUUGCAUCACAAAAACAAUAAAUUUGGAUGGUGGGUGUCACGUGAUUCUACUAAGAUGACGUACUGGGGCGGAGCAUCUGACAAUGGUAAGUGCGCAUGCGGGAUGACUAACUCGUGUGCAUAUCCCAGUUAUGGCUGUAACUGUGACAAGAAUGACUAUGUAUGGCGUGAAGACAGCGGUCUCCUCACUGACAAGACCAAGCUUCCUGUAAUACAACUCAGGUUUGGCGAUACUGGCGACGGGCCCGAACAAGGUUACCAUACACUUGGAAAACUUAAGUGCUCUGGGACAGUAUAG